AUGAAUUAAUCGUAAACAUGCUAUGAUUCAGAUUUAUUUGUAAAUGAAUAAUUGACAGGCUUAACCUGUCCAAUAGGUUUGGGAGUUCUUAGGAAUCCAGUAUUUGAUUAGUGUGGUCACGUAUUCUGUCAUGGAUGCAUCACGGAUUGGCUCAAAAAAUAAAAGCUAUGUCCCAUCAACAAGCAGCCAUUAAAUGAAAACUAAUUAAUUAAAGCAAUACCCAUUAAAAACAUGAUUGAUGAACUCGAAUUGAAAUAAUGUUUGUUGAAGUGUGGUUGGAAGGGAACCUUAGACAAGUAUUAUACGCACGAUGAAAAGGAAUGUCCUGAAACAUAGUUGCAUUGCUCUAACAAAGAUUGUAAUACGGUGAUGAAAAGGGCAUCUCUUAAACACCAUAUAGAGUUUGAAUGUGAACAUUAAUAAAUUGUGUGCGAAAAGUGUUAAUAAAAUCUAAUUCGAUCUAAUUAGAAUCAACAUUUAGAGGUUUGUGAAGGCAGAAAUAUUCAAUGUAACGAUUGCUAACAGGAUAUGGUAUUUUCGGAUUACAAUAAUCAUAUGACGAUAUGUCCUUAAAAGUAUUAAUUCUAUAUAUUUUAGAAAAAUUUAAUGUCCGAUUGAAGGGUGCAAUGAGAUAAUCAAAGAAGUCAACCUAGAAUAACAUGUAUCUAAUUUUAAGCACAUCCUAAUACUUUGUUAAUAAAUUAAACAAUUAAAGGAUGAGUUGGCUUUGACCAAUAAAAGGUUGGAUAGCCAACAAAUCCCAUAUUUGGAUGGGUGGAGGACAUCUUUGUCUAAGACUGUUGAAAGUAGAGAGUGGCUAUCAGUGAAUUCCAUGCACAAAAUAAAAGCCCCAUUUAGUUUGCGAUUUGAGGCUUUGAAUAUUAAUAAACGACCGAAUCAAUGGAGAGCAGUGAUCGGGGUAUCUCAGGAUAAGCUAAAGAAUAAUCAUUUAUGGUAUAGACAACAAAAUGUAAUCGAAUUUAUAAUAAUAUUCAGUCUUUCGUGUGGAUAUUUGGAGGUUUUAAAUGCAGUAGUCAAGCAGAAAAGUAUGGUAGUGAAGUGCAAGAUGAGAAUUUUCAGGCGAAGAUGAUAUUGAAUCAAAAAGGGGAACUCUCUUUUGAGCACUCUGGAAGUGACAUGGGUGUUGCAUUUGUAUUGCCAAAAGAAGUCUUCGCGGAGGGCAUAUAUUUGAUCGUUUCUAUAAUUAAUCAAGGGGAAAUAAGAUUGCUGUCAUUGGAUAGUUUAGUUUGA